GGAUUUGAUUAUCAAACUUACGAAGGCAACAAAAUUUGCCCUUACAAAUUGUCUUGACCAUCACUCCUCUCUGCCAUAGCUCGCUCGCAUCGCAACAAUGACUCAGUGUCAGUGAGUGAGCCAACAAAUAGUUUUCCUCUCUCUAGGGUUUUUCUCUCAGAUCUUCAAUCAACACCAAUUCAGCCUCUCAAACCACAGGUAAGUUUCUUUUACUACAAUUUACAAACCCGCAAAUCUUUUCUCAGAAAAGAAAAAAAAAUGUUUCAUUUCAUAUGCAAAACGCUGAUACAAAAUAGAAUUGUAAAUUCAAAAACCAGUUAUGUUUGUUGUAUCCAUACCAUGCCAUUUCUCAGUUCUGUUUCAAACCCCACAGAGAAACAACCUUUGACAGUCUCUUACCUCAUCAACUCAUGUGGGUUGUCCUUAGAACAAGCUAUUUCAGCUUCUAAAGUUGUCAACAUUAAAUGCACAGCCCAGCCAGACUUACUUCUUAAGCUUUUGAGCACUCAUGGCUUUAAAAAAGCUCACAUUGCAAGCUUGAUUUCUAAACACCCACCUCUGAUUUUAGCUCAUCCAGAGAAAACUAUAAGACCCAAGAUUGAGUAUUUUGAGUCCUUGGGUAUUACAGGAACUGACCUACCUAUGAUUCUCUCUUCAAACAGAUACAUUUUAUUGUGUAGUCUAAAGGAACAUAUAAUACCCUCCGUUAAUUUUCUUAGGGGGGUUGUUCAUACCAAUGAGAACCUUAUUUUUGCAUUGAAGCAAUAUUAUGCGUUUCAAGCCAAUAUUAAGAAUGUUAUGGAGCCAAAUGUAUGCACUCUGAGGGCUCAUGGAGUGCCAGAAAAACAUGUUGCAAAUCUCUUGAUGAUGCAUCCUAGGUCACUUAAGUUGAGGGCUGAUUUGUUCAAAGAGGUUGUUUGUGCAAUUAAAGAAAUGGGCUUUGACCCAAUGAGAAGCUCGUUUGUUUUGGCUGUCCGUUCAAUGUCAGUAAUAAGCAAAGUUACUUGGGAAAAGAAAAAGGAGGUUCUUAGGAGCUUUGGUUGGUCUGAAAAUGACUUUCUUUUUGCAUUUAGAUUACAGCCAAGGCUAAUGAUUUGUUCAGAGAAGAAAAUUCGGAAUAUGCUGGUUUUCUUGACAACUAAGGCAGGUCUGAUGCCAUCGGAUGUUGCUAGAUGCCCAUAUUUAUUUCUGAUGAGUGUGGAGAAGAGACUGAGUCCCAGAUGUGCAGUUCUGCAAGUUUUGAUGUCUAAAGGUCUGAUCAGCAAAGAUAUAGAUUUAGUUCGGAAUUUGAAUUAUGGGAAGAAAUACUUUGAGAAGAAGUUUCUGACUCCAUUUAUGGAAGAAGUCCCUGCAGUGAUUGAGGCAUACCGGGGUAAGAUGGGAUUUCAGGGAUUCAGUGAUUGAUUGUGAGGCUUGAAUCUGAGGGAAGAAGCCCUGAACUAUGUAAACAUGCUGGCAACAGGUGUGGGCUCACAAAUUCACAAUAUAGUUGUUAAGCAGGUUGGAGUGGAACCACAGUCUCCUUGUGUUUUCUAUUUUGGAUUUCAACAAUAUGGUGAGACCAGAUUGGUUUAGCUUGCCAUGAAAUAAGGCUUGUCACAUGGUGACAGUGAUGAUGGUGAUAGAUUUUGAAGAAAGUUAAUGUUGGUGUAUGGUUAGUGGCAGAGAACAACAAUACAUGUUAGGCCUUUCAUAGCCCAGCAAUGUGUAUCUUGCAAGAUCUCAGCUCUUCAAUUUCCACAGCCCGACUCUCUCCUCAUCAAUGCCACAACUUCUUCAUCUUCAAUGCUCUUCAAUUUUACAUCUACCCACCAACAAUCCAAAUAUCUGCUUCACAUCUGUCUGCCACUCUUUUCUUCCUUUAUUUGGACAAACCCCUACUGGUGAUAUUAGAGGCUGUGAGAGAUCGAGAAAGACAAAGAAAUUGAUGCUGCCACUGUGAGGGAGAUCAGCCGAUGUGUCAGACUCAAUUGCAUUUAGUUGGGUAUGAGUACCCUCUCUUUAUGAAAGAUCAUAUAAUAAGUACAUCUGCAACACAGCUAUGUUCAAAUGAUUUGAGUUUUGGUUGCUGGUUAAAAUGAAAUCCAUUCAUGGCCUUGUCUAGCUUGAAGAAUUUGAGUUUGGAUUGACAGAUAUUGAUAAUCUGGGGAUUUGAAGAUUCAUUUUGCAGCAUGCAGCUAAAGGCUUAAUCAUUAGUCAUCACAGGAAGGAAAGAUUCUCCAACAGAUAAUAGCUAGGAAGGGGCUUUUUGCAAAUAGAGAAUUGUAGUUGGAUUUAGAGAAAUAUGGAGGAUUAAAUUAUGAAGGGUAGUCUGUGAUUUUGAUACUUUGGAGAAAAUUAUGAGGUGCAGUCUGUGUGUGUGUGUAUUUUCUGUAUGUGCAGUCUGUCUUUUAUUAGUAUUGCUUAAAAACAUGUUGUAGGGUUAAGAACUUAUAUUUUAUUUAAUUAUGGAAUGAGUUAAGAACUUAUGUUUUAGUAUUACUUAUGUUUUAUGUUUUAUGUUUUAUGUGAACAGCCCAAUUGUUAAAUAUUUGGAUUUUUCUUGUGUUUUAGGUGAUUGUUGAUGAUUAUAGGAAUUCAAAAUUGGAAUCACAUAUAUGCAUGUGGUAUUGAAAUUUAUUCGGGUCUCUAAUUAACAUAUAUGCUUAUGCUAUGGCAGAACAAGUAGGAUGGUAGCUAGAUGCUGUUUUGAGACAGAUUUGAAUAAACAGUGUAGAAAACAUUUAUAAUAAUAUGUAGAAAAUAUGAACUGACUUGUAUUGAAUAAACAACAUAGUUUGGUGUAGAAAAUAUGAACUGACAGUGUAGAAAAUAUUUUGAGUCUGUUCUGUGUUACUGACUUUUAACAAUAAUAUGAACUUUUGUUGCUUGAGUAAUUUUUAUAUUUACAAUUUGGUUUAUAUUACCACA